AUGGCUGCCUGCAUCCUGGCACUAGGACUGUGGCUCCUGCUGCUUCUCCAGGAUAUCCGGGCAUCCCCACAGACAUCAUUAACCCCAUCUCAUUCUUGUGAUACACGUGAGAAUUGGUUCUAUGAUGAAACUUCACGAAGCUGCUGUUACCAGUGUCCCCCAGGCUAUGUUAAAAAGAAGGCAUGUCCUAGGGACCCGGAUAAAGACUGCAUGAGAUGUGGACCUGAACAAUAUGUGAAUGAAGCAUCCAGAAAGCCACGAUGUGACGCUUGUGUAUCAUGCGCAAAAGAACCCGACCUUGUGGAGAAAGAGCCCUGCUCCUUCAAUUCCAGCCGCGUGUGUGAGUGCCGCCCAGGCCUGUUCUGUCAAACCGCCGUUGAGAACACCUGCAUACGAUGCCAGCAGCACACCGUUUGCAAGCCUGGUUUUGGAGUCAAAGUCAGAGGCACCUCAACAACUGAUGUCACUUGUGAAAAGUGUCCCGCUGGAACCUUCUCUGAUCAAAACUCCAGCACUGACAUCUGCAAGCCUCACACGAACUGUGCCGAGUUAAACAAAGUAAAACUAAGGAAAGGCAAUGCCACCCACGAUCAGGUUUGCCUGGACCAGUUGCCCACCUACCUCACCCCAAGCGCUUUGUCCAUGAGAUUCAGCAAUGAAACAAAUAGCUCUGACCUAAGGAGGUUUGAGGAGAACCUGGUGACCAUUGCUAGUGUCAUUUUAAGUGGCACAACAACUGAAAACCCCAGUUCAACUCCUGAGGAGAACGCUCGGGCUGGCACUUUUCCCACCUCAGCCAAGGGGGAGACGACAAUGGGAGGUCUAGUUCUUUGGGGAGUGGUUCUCUCUGUGACAGUGCUACUUGUGGGCAUGCUGUUAUUUUGGAAAUGGAAGGUUUGCAAGAAGCGGAUCCUCAUCCUCAAAGGAAAGUGUUCUGAUCCAGUGAACAAAUAUGCAAAGAUCUUACUGCCUACUGACAGUGGGCCAGAAGAGCAGGAGUUAAUUGACAGAGCCCUUCCUUUGGAAACCAACAAUAACUUGGUCUGCAGCACAGAAAAAGCAUGUAGUCCUGAUCUGAGUCUGACUGAUGAGACACAGAGCAAUGGAAAUGCCCCAGAUUGCCCUAUAGAUUCGAGAGAGAGAGACUACACAAAUAAUCGAAUUGAAAAAAUAUACAUCAUGAAGGCCGACACUGUUAUUGUGGGGAUGAACUGUGCUGCUAGAGGAUGCGAAAGUAGCAUUGACGCCCAGGAAAACACGGAAGAGGAACUGGCAAUGCACUAUCCCGAGCAGGAAACAGAGUCUUUUCCAGGAAAUGAUGUAAUAGUUCCUGUGGAAGAGGAGGGAAAGGAAUUUCAUCACCCCACCACUGCCACUGAAAAGUGA